AUGGAAACAACAUCGACUUCGGGCAGCAAUUUGUUGAAGAAUCUUUGCGAGCAGUAUGAUCAGGAAUUGGCCAGCACUGAAGUAGAUCUUGACGUACAUGAAAAACUUAUAAAGCUCAUGAGGGAUAACAGUACAAUUAAUAAAGAACAAUUGUUAUCGGCACAAAAAAAUGCGAAAGAAACGGAAAAAGAGUUGCAGCUGCUGGAUGAUAUGACAAAUGAACUUGUUCAAAGUACUAGUUUACAAGGCGAAAAAAUUGAAGAACUGAAACACGUGCAGCAGGAAAAUAUGAAUGAUAUCACUAAUGCUCAACAGUGCCUGCGUGCCGCUCAAAAUACUGCUCGCGAAGAUUUGGAAAAGUUGCAUUCCACAGAAAGAGAUGCGCAGAAAUUUUUAGAAAGCAAUUUUGUUUCACCAAAUUUUUCCAGCGUUGCUUUAAAAUUGCAAAAUCUCCAGGAAACGUUCACUUCAAAAAUACAAGAAUCAAUCGACCAUUUAGCUUCAGUGAUAUCAAUUGCGGAUGAAGCUGGUCGGCUGGAGAAUCUCGAGGAAGUUGUAAAAGAAAUGAGAAUGGAUGUCGUGAAUGUGGAGGGACAAAUUAGUGAAGCUGAUUCACAGUAUUCAGUUUGUCAUGAGAAAAUCGGCAAGUUAAAUGCGAUGCAGGAAGAGGAAAAGCAACGACGAAAUGCCAUAUCGGAAAAAUACAGACAACGUAAGAGACGUGUUGCGGAACUUACGCGUUCUCUUAACGGUCGUAAGAACGAGAAAAAGGUGCUUUCUGAAAGCAUAAAUUCUAAGCAGCAGGAAUUGGACAAAAACAAGGAACGUUUUGACAAAAAGAGUGCUGAUGCUGCAGCUAUUAGGCAAGAAGUGGACAUAAUAAAGGACAAAUUAGCUAAACUUGAAGACAUUGUGAAACUUGAACAGACGAAGCAUGAACAAGAAGUUCUAGAAAUUAAGGAGCGAGGUGAAGCUGAAAUAUGUGCUGCGAAGUCAGUUUUGAUGACUCUGCGUGAAAAAAAAAGCGCUAUGCUUAUGCAGGUUCAGCAGGCUCGUGAUGAUCUCAAUAAAAAAUCAGAGUUGGAAGCUCAUAAGAAAAUCAACGAACAAAUGGAAUUGAAUUUAAAACAGCUCAAUCAGGAGAAGGCAGAACUUCAGCUCGCACUUGACGAGAACGAAAACCGUCUCAAUGAACAACUUUCUGCAAUGAAAGCUAUGAAAAUCACAUUUCAAGAUAACAAGCUGGAUGCUUCGAAGAAACGUGAGAUUUUGAUGGCAGAAGUAAAGCGCAUGAGUGAAGAGAUUCAAGGCUUGAAACAGAAGAUUGCGGAAGAAGAACAACGCCUUAAGGCUAAAAAGAAAACUGUGGAUAGGCAGUUAAAGAUAGUAACUGUUGGCAAGAAUAUUAGUACACUUCUGCGCAGUGCUGUUGAAAACGAUGGAAAAUCUCGACAAGAUUGCGCAAAAGCAACACAAGGAUCUAUUAUGGUGGAUCAAGAAGGAACAAUUCAAAAAUCACAAGGAGCAGAAUUUGAUAUGGUAAAGAAAAAUGAGGAGAGUGUUAAGGAUAUUAAGACGGAGAAUUCUAACAACAAAGAAAUCGUUAUUCGGGAAACUGAUUCUCGAGAAAUGAUGCCAGAAAAAAAGCCUGGAAACAAUGAGGAAAUGGCUCCAAAUUUUGAUGUGUCAGAGACCAAAAAGCUGUUUCUCACCACAAAAAAAGACGAAGGAAGGGAGAUGAUACAUGCGCCAAGCAUUGAACAACAAGGACUGGAAUUGUCACAACCAACUACAAAGUAUAAGGUGUCGAGACGCCAUCGCGCAAAGCAAAAUCUUUCAAUUUCGGAUGCUGUAGCAACUGCACCGGGCCCAUCAAAAAGAGGUCGACAGGCUCGUAAAAAAAGUGAACCAGGGAAGAGAAAGACAGAUCACGAUUUGGCGCUCACACUUUUCGAUAGUGACAUGUCAAUGAGCACCAUCAAACCGAUACAUGCCUCAACUCCACUGCUUCAGAGAAAGGAUGAUUCUUCGAUUUAUAAUGAUGCAAUUAAAAACACGCAAAAGACGCAAAAAAGUCGUGGAAAACCGAGAGGGAAAAAAGCAGCAACAGGAAUACUUGCUGGGAAUGGUAGUUCGAAAGUUCCGAAAAAGAAAGAUGCUUAUGACUUGGACAGUGAUUUUGAAUAA